AAAAAAGUUUGUGUUUUCAUUUUGGGAGGAAUCAAAAGAGAAUGGAUUUAUCAGACUUAGAUUACAGCGAUGCAGGAGACUCAGGUUGGACAAUGUACUUAGACCAUUCUUCUUCUGUGUCAAUGCACAAUGGAGAAACAAGACAACAACAUGAUGAAGAUUCUUCAAUGGUGUCGGAUGCAUCUUCCGGGCCUCCAUAUUAUUGCCAAGAGAUCGUCCCUGAAGAUGCCCUCCAACAAAACACGCAAUAUUGGUGCAAGAACAAGAUCAAGAACAAGAAGAAGAACAAGAAGAAGGUUCUUGAAGAACAAGAAUAUAGUGAGAGAUUCAACUCUUCCCUUGAUGACACAGCUAGUUCAUUGCCAGUUCGAGAAGAAGUUUCAGCGGAUAAGCAACAUCGAGAUCAGUAUCAACGGUUUGAUGAUUUCUCUCAAAGCUACUCCACAAGAAGUAUAUUCAAGGGAAACUUUAACUCAAGUUUCUUACAACAAGCUUUCCCGGUUGAGAAAUUAGCAUUGGAUAAUCAAGGUGGAAGUAAUCAAAAGAAGAGGAGAGGAUAAAGAAUGAUCGUUGAAUCUUUAUUAUUUGCUUUAGAAAGUUGAAAUUAAGUUAAGAAGAAGAAAAAAAACAGAAGGGAUAGCUUCUCUUCCUUUAAUGGGAUUUUGCUAUCAUGUACAUUGUCUUUUAAGAGAACCAUGUGAUUUUAAUUACUUCCAAUUAAUAUAUGAUAAAGCUUGUGU